GUCUUCAACCCAAGAUUUGCUUCCUCUACUAAAUAGCUAGGUGGUCUUCCCCUGCUUCUGCAAUUUUGCCCAGAUGGGUUUGAGAAAAAAUUUCUACUCUGUUCUGUUUCUCUGCUUCUGUCUUAAUACCCAUCUCUCCAUUGGAGCUGCAAGCCUCUCUGUUGGUGAAUCCAUUUCUGGAGAUCAGACCAUAGUCUCUGAAGGAACUGGGAAUUUUGAAUUGGGUUUCUUCAAGCCAAGUAGCAACUCUAAGAACUACUACAUCGGCAUCUGGUACAGAAAGAUUUCGGCCCAAACCUUCGUUUGGACGGCAAAUAGAGAUAAACCAGUCUCUGAUAAGUAUUCCUCACAACUGAAGCUGUUAGAUGAUGGGAACUUAGUCAUCAUCGAUUCUUCAAAAACCAUUAUUUGGACGACCAAUUUGACCUCCACAUCCUCGAAUUCAACCCAGGUAGCACUUCUUGAUUCUGGAAAUCUUGUUUUGAGAAAUGUUUCGAAUUCAUCUAAUUUGAUUUGGGAGAGCUUUGAUCAUCCAACGGACACUUGGUUGCCCGGUGGAAGGAUUAGGCUGGACAAAGUUACUAAUCAAUCAGAGCGCCUUAUUUCAUGGAAGAGUACAGAGGAUCCAGCUCCGGGGCUCUUCUCUCUGGAGCUAGACCCUGCUGGAACCAGUCAGUAUUUUAUAAUGUGGAAUGAUUCUGUUCAGUACUGGACGAGUGGGACUUGGAAUGGUCAGAUUUUCAGCUUAGUUCCUGAAAUGAGAAGUAACUAUAUCUAUAAUUUCACCUAUGUUUCGAAUCAAUACGAGAACUAUUUCACUUAUGAUGUGUAUAAUUCCACCAUUAUCUCUAGAUUUGUUAUGAAUAAGGGGGGUCAGAUCAAUCAACUUACUUGGGUGGAAGGUGUGGGUUGGAAUUUGUUUUGGGCUCAACCGAGAGUACAAUGCCAGGUUUAUGAUCUCUGCGGGGCUUUCGGUUCCUGCAAUCAGCAAUCUUCAACUCCCUGUGGGUGUUUACAAGGUUUCAGUCCACGUAACGCAACAGACUACUUGAGUUUGAGUGAUUGGUCUGGUGGGUGUGUGAGGACUACCCAAUUGCAGUGUAUGAAUAAUGCUUCUAUAAAUGGCGCGAAAGAUGGUUUCAAAAUGAUGUCUGAUAUGCUGUUGCCCAUAAAUCCGAAAUCUGUGGGAGUUGGGAGUGGCCAAGCCUGUGAAUUGGCUUGCUUGAAUAACUGUUCUUGUAAUGCUUAUGCGUAUGAUGGUGGCUGCUCCGUGUGGGAAGGAGAUCUCUUGAAUCUGCAACAGCUAUCAGCCGGUGACACUAGUGGACGAGUCCUAUAUCUCAAACUUCCCCCCUCUGAACUCACGAAUUCUACUUCUGCAGGUAGCAGCAAGAAGGGAUUUCCUCCUGGUGCUAUUGCCGGCACUGUUUCAGGGGUUGCAGUAGCCCUCUUGGGUCUGCUGGUGGUGGUAAUAUUGGAAAGACGGAGGAGGAAAUUAGCUGGACCUUCGACGGCAGUUGAGGGUUAUAUGGUUGCAUUUUCAUACAAAGAUUUGCAGAAUGCAACCAAGAACUUCUCUGAAAAGCUGGGGGAAGGAGGAUUUGGUUCUGUUUUCAAAGGGACGUUGCCUGAUUCUACUGUUGUAGCUGUGAAGAAGCUUGAAGCCUACAACCAAGGAGAGAAGCAGUUCCGAACUGAAGUAAGUACAAUUGGGACGGUUCAACAUGUUAAUCUUGUUCGCCUCCGAGGUUUUUGCUCUGAAGGUACUAAUAGGUUGUUGGUCUAUGAUUUCAUGCCUAAGAGCUCUUUAGAUUCCCAUCUGUUCUGUGAAAAAAAGGACUCUGAGGUUUUAGACUGGAAAAUAAGAUACCAAAUUGCACUUGGGACAGCUAGAGGAUUAGCUUAUCUUCAUGAGAAGUGCAGAGAAUGCAUCAUUCACUGCGACAUCAAACCUGAGAACAUUCUUUUAAAUGCACAAUUCUGUCCCAAGGUGGCUGACUUUGGCCUAGCGAAGCUUGUUGGUCGAGAAUUCAGUCGGGUUUUGACAACUAUGAGAGGGACCAGAGGAUACCUCGCACCAGAGUGGCUUUCGGGUGUGGCCAUCACAGCCAAGGCUGAUGUUUACAGCUAUGGUAUGAUGCUCUUCGAGAUUAUAUCUGGUAGGAGAAACUCAGAAGGAUAUGAUGGUAAGAAUGUGAUUGGGUUCUUUCCUACUUGGGCAGCAAGCAAAAUCAAUGAACAUGGAGAAAUCCUCAGCAUUUUGGAUGACAGGUUAGAAGGAAAUGCUGAUGUUGAAGAACUCAUCAGGGCUUGUAAAGUUGCUUCUUGGUGCAUUCAAGACGAAGAAGUUCAUAGACCAUCAAUGGGUCUGGUAGUUCAGAUACUUGAGGGGAUAGUGGAGGUACGUUCACCUCCAAUUCCUAGAACUCUGCAAGCUCUUGCGCGGAGCCAUGAGAGCAUAGUUUUCUUCUGUGAGCCUUCCUCAAACCAAAGUACGAAAACACAAAGUACCACAUCAGGUAGAUUGUCCCAGGCUGGAAGUACUACAGCAUCCACAAAUUCCAACACAUCAAGUCACUAAAAUUGGGAGGAGUUCUUAAGCAGUUCACCCACAGUUCAGGAAAUAACAAAAUACUUCUGAAGUUUUACUUCAAAGCUUUGAAUAGUUUCUUGUGUUUCUGUUUGCAAUGUCUCUGUGAUCUGUAAACCUCUUUUCUGUUUCUUAAUUUUCAGUUAUGUUAUUGGCUACAGUUCAGAAAUUCAUGCUAGUAUAAAAAUUAACAAUUAAGCA